AUGCGCGUCGCCCUCAACACCGUCCUCCGCGCUGCUGCCCGCCCCGCCGUCGUCGCCCGCGGCGCACGGGCCACUCCCACCCUCGCCCGCUCAGCCCACGGCCACGCCCAGGAGAGCUUCGAGUCCUUCUCUGAGCGAUACGUCACAUUUUUCCAAAACGCAGAGGACCUUUUCGAGGUCCAGCGCGGCCUCAACAACUGCUUCGCCCACGAUCUCGUACCUUCGCCUGCUGUCGUUGAGGCGGCUGUGCGUGCAGCCAGGAGGGUAAACGACUAUGCGACUGCCGUUCGGGUGUUCGAGGGUAUCAGGGAGAAGGUUGAGAACAAGACCCAGUACGAUGCCUACGUGCAGGAAACGAAGCCUCUGCGUGAGGAACUCGGCUUGUUGUUGAAGGAGGAGCUGUACUCGUCAUAA